AUGGUGGCAAUACUUGACGCACAACUAAUAGUUGAACGUCAGGUAGAAGCGGCUUUGGUGGACGAUGGAUAUACUCCCGAUUCUAUUAUUUCUCGAUUUCGAGAAAUAAGGGGGUAUAUUCACAGCCCGCACGGGCGCCUCUUAGCUCCAACAACCUACGAGUCCUACGUGACUCAGAUAAGGGAACGCGGAACCCGAGAAAGCGUUCCCUAUCGCCGGGUUAUUAGAGCAAUCCAAAGGCUUAGCUUACAGCACAGCGUGUUCGCCAUCACACUGGCUGGUGCAUUGGCUUUACCGUGUAUUAUUCUACAUUUUCCCAAAAUAACAUUCAUUAAUUUAUUUCUUCGAAGACCACGACGACUGAAACGACGCAAAAAAACCAGAUCCGGAAAGGAGAAGGAAAACGAAAUAAGGAUUUGGCCGAAAAAGAAGCAAUGCUAUGGAUACCAUGAGCGAUCACGAUCGAUAAAGAAGAAUCUUUCUAAUUCAGUUCGGGUCAGCGGGGCCUUCAAGCAUCCGAAAUACGCCGGGGUUGUAAAUGACAUAGCGUUCCUGAAAGAAAAUGACAAUUCCUGCAGAAAAACUUCGUUUUUCAAGUUCUUUUUCCAAAAGAAGUCCCGCUCCAACGGCCCGACGAGUCAUCUACUUAAAAGGAUCCUCCCUGCAAACCAAAUUCAUUUCGACCCCGUCGGAGUUCUCAAUCAUUUCGUGGCACGGGGUGUGGCUGAACCAUCUACGAUGGGGGGAGCGAAUGCACAAGGAAUAAGCUUAGAUAAGAGAAUACGUUCUCGCAUCGCUUUUUUUGUAGAAAGCUCGACCAGCGAGAAAAAGUGUUUGGCCGAAGCCAAAAAGAAAAAUAGGUUGACUCACUUCAUUCGCCAAGCGAAUGAUCUUCGCUUCGCGGGAACAACAAAAAACACCCUCUCGCUCUUUCCUUUCUUCGGUGCUACCUUUUUCUUUCCAAGGGAUGGGGUUGGGAUAUAUAAGAACCUUCUUUUUGAGGAUGCUCGGGAACAAGUCUUAGGUAAAUUAAGGAAAAAAUGUUGGAAGUUUAUGGGUAAAGAGAAAGUCAGGGAAUUGAUAGAGAAAUUGUUAGACCUAGGUGGGAUAGGAGAAUUAAUAAAGGGAAUAGAGAUGAUGAUAGAGAUCAUACUGAGAAACAGAAGAAUUGCGUACAGGUACAACUCUUAUUUGAACGAAAUGAAAAAAAUGCGAUCUUUGUUGUCUAAUAGAACAAACACUAAUACCUUAAUUGAGUCAGUCAAGAUUCAAUCUGUUUAUCAAAGUGCUUCCCCGAUUGCUCAAGACAUCUCUUUUCAACUGAGAAAGAAAAGAAGAUCAUUUCGUUCCAUUUUUAGUAAAAUAGUGAAGGAUAUUCCAUUAGUAAUGAAAAAAGGGGUGGAGGGGAUCCGUAUAUGUUGUUCAGGUCGAUCAAAAGGCGCAAAAAUAGCUAGAACUGAAUGCGGAAACUAUGGAAAAACAUCUCGUAAUGUUUUUAACCAGAAAAUAGAUUAUGCUCCUGCGGAAGUAUCUACUCGUUACGGAAUCUCAGGUGUCAAAAUUCGGAAAAUGGAAACUCUUCUAAAGGUACGGAUGAGGCUGACGCCGCUGCUGCUUUUGAUGCGGAAAAUUAUUCUUCAUAUAAUAUGGCGGAUGAAAGAGCGCAGGAUUCGAUCGCUCCGUCAUACAGACGUUAUCAACUAUACGAUAAACCAACUGAAAGCAAAUCAUCGAAUAAAGAGAGAGACAAAAAGGAGAAAGUCAGAAGUGCCGGAGGCCAGCUCUACUGUAUUCUUUCUCCGAGACGCAAGUGACCGGAAGUUGGACAUAGAAAGAGAGAAAGGACAGUCUCAAGCAUUCCGAAGGUUGGGCGCUUUCACCAUUCAGCCAUGGACGCAAAAAGAAUCCGCGAGUGAACUAGGUUUUGGUAUUCCUUCUCGAGCUUCUAUUUCUUCCGUGAAAGGAGAUUCGAGAAAAGAUAGAAUAAGAAGACGUGUUUCCAGAACAAACAAGAUAGGGGUUGAGAAGGGGGAGUUAGCAAAGUUAGACAAGAUUGGAAUGGGCAUAGGAACAUGUAUUGAUGUACCAGAUCGACUAAUGCUCCCAGGUUGA